AUGGUCUAUGAUCCGCACACAGACUCCUGCCAGCCGCCGAGCAACACUGAAGGCUGCACAGGUACCAGACCUACUCAAACCACUCCUACAGUCACUCGUAGCAGUGCACCCACAUCACCUCCUGCUUUUGACUGCUCCAAUAUGCCGGACGGCUUGUACCCAAACCCAGAUGCACCUAAUUCCUGUGACAUAUUCUACUAUUCGUGCGGAAAUGGGAACACUGAGAAGCUGUACUGCCCCAGAGGUCUGUACUUCGAUCCUGCGCUUAGCGAAUGCAACGCCUACGCGUACAUUCCGAACUGCAGCGGUCAGCAACGACCAACUACCGUACGCCAGACAACCAUUGCUACAACUCCAACCCAGACACUUCCGAUAGACUGCACGACCCUCGAAAACGGCAACUACCCCGACCCAAGCGGCUCACCACCUGACUGUUCUAAUAGAUUCUUUAGUUGCAGUAACGGCAAGGUAAUCGUCAGGGAGUGUCCGACGGCGUUAUUCUACGACAGUCGACACAACACCUGUGACUCGUUCAUGAACGUCUUUGCCUGCUCAGGUAUCGAAGUGACCACGCCAGUUAUACCUCAGACGCCUUCAACUCUGCCGCCCGUCGACUUCGACUGUACGAACAGGGAAGACGGUUUUUACGUGAACCCGAUUAAUCAGUGUAGUCGUACCUACUAUUCCUGCACUGGAUCGUUGGCGAGAGAAUUGAAUUGCCAGUUUGGCCUGAUUUUUGAUCCUGAAACUGAGUCGUGCCAGCCUCCUGAGUCAACCUUCAUCUGUACCGGCACCAGUCCUACCACUACGGUUCCAACGACCACAGUCAUCCCUCCCACUACCGAAGUAUAUCCCAUAGAUUGUUCAAACCUGGCUAACGGGGUGUAUCCAAAUCCCACGAAAAACUGUGACCGCAUUUUCUUCUCGUGUACGAACACGAUCGCUAGACGAUUCCGCUGCCCCGGAGAGCUGUACUUCAACCCAGAGGAUGGCAGGUGCGAAACUUACGAAGAUAUUCCUGCAUGCACUGGCAUUCCUCGACCGCCAACAACAACGACACUCCCGACCGUAGCUCCAACUACAGAAGCUCUGCCGGUUGAUUGUACAACGAUGCCUAACGGUCGUUACUCUGAUCCGGCCAACAGAUGUUCAAAUGUGUUUUAUGUAUGCUCUGAAGGAGUGACGAGGAGACAAUUCUGCCCGGGCGAGCUCUAUUUUGACGUCGCCACUUCAGAAUGCUUGACGUUCGAUUACGUCGAAGCUUGUACAGGAUCCCCACCUCCGACUAUGACUAUCACUCUUUCGCAGGUCUUCACCACCGGCGUUCCUGAAUUUUCCUGCAUUGAACGUCCAAACGGAAUUUACGCCGAUCCUCGAUAUAAGUGCGUACACUACUACUUCAUAUGCGCCAACGGUCGCACGUUCAAGCAAUAUUGCCCCGGAAAUCUGUUUUUCGACAGUGAACUGAAACGGUGUCGAAGCUUUGUCGAUAUCUACGCAUGCUCCGGAAGAACUAGCGUUAUGACGACCGCCGCUACGACUCCAAUAUCGGACGUACCCAGUACGGAAACUCCAAUACCAGUUGACUGCACAAACUUGGAAAAUGGCAACUACCCAGAUCCAGAAAAAGCCUGCUCGUGUGUAUUUUACACAUGUAUCGAUGGACGGGGAGUGCAGCGACAGUGUCCUCGAAGAACAUACUUUGAUCCCGACCUAAGAGUGUGCAAUAUCUACCGCAAAAUCGCCGCCUGCACAGGUCACGUACGAACUACUACCGUUACCGUCACCGUCACACCACAGACCACGCAACAGUCGCCGACGGAAACAGUUCCCUCAUUCGAUUGCACGGAUCAGCAAAACGGCCCACACGGUAAUCCGUUGGAGUGCAAUGACUAUUACUUUGUGUGUUAUGACGGCACAUCAAUUUUCGUGAAAUGCACGGCGGGUACGUUCUUUAAUCCAGAAGAAGGUGAAUGUGAAUUGCCGCACAAAAUUAUGGCCUGUCGUAAUAAACCGCCUGGUUAUUAUCGCGUCAUCUUAUAA